AUGGAACUGAUGUCCAUUAAAAUUUUCAGGAAAAACGUGACAAAGAUGGCCGACGUGGAAUCUUUCGACUGGGCGGACAUGAAGAAGACGGGUAUGAUGACCACUUCCGUCGCAAUGCUAUAUCAACUGUAUGAUGCGGUGACGUCAGUACUACCAUACAAUGGCAAUAACUACUUCAAGCUCGAGCCCAACGAGCAGCUCGUGUUAGACUUUGCUAACAUCGUUGUUCCCAUAAUUGCGCUCAUGACGAUUCUUUGCUUGUCCCUGAUGUUCAUCGGUAAUUUAGAGGACGACCGCCAGACCAUCACUAUCUACUUGUGGAUUGCCACUCCCACGGUGAUAUUAUACAUCUGUUUCUUCGUCGUCUUUGAAUUGCAGUUCGGUCCGGACAAGUUUACCAUGUUUCAACGGACCCUUAGUAUUUCUGUCUGCGCCAUAUACUUACACAUCCUCGUGGAACUUCUGGAUAAAACUCCGUCCAAA